CUGAAGAUAUUUCUAUCAAUGUAGUAGAUAAGCUAUUAAUGUCAGGGAAGAUACCGAGUAACCAAGCUAAAAUGGCAGACUUAGAGAAAGAACAUAGUGAUACAAUUAGGUUGGAAGAAGGGCUUAAUAGCUCUCUCAGAGUGAUAAAUCGCAAAGUUAAUCAAAAUUCCACAAAUGUAAGCAAACUCGCAUAUGAAGUAAAUAACGGAUUUGCUACCCUGGGAGCACAAAUAGAAAGUUGUGCGGACAAUUGA